AUGUAUCAUGUCAUGAAGUCACCAAUGCUUAGAAGCAUAAAAUUGCCGAAGUCAACAUGCUUGCGAAGACUGGGCCAGUCCAUUGCUACGCCUCAACAAUGGCGUAGCAUAUUCGCAUCAAAGAGAGAAUUAAUGCGCAUCGGCGCUCAGAACCAGAAUCAAGAGUCACCCAACUUGCAUAGAGUAAUGUUCAAAAAAAGGCGGAAAGGAUUGUUUGAUGUAUUUAUUUUUAUGGGCACCGUAUAUGCAUGCAGCCUAGCAUACAACCACUUUGUGCUUCAGCCGUUAGAUCGUGCUCUGGAGGACACCGAACUACCUGAGCUGCCCGAGGAGGAAUUACCACCGUUAUUUUUACCUUUUCCCAUGACAGUGCAGGAAGUAAAACAAGCCCCAUAUCGUGGCAGUGAUCCAGAAUGGCAAGAAUUUAUCAACUUUAGCCAACAACCUGAUCUUGCACAGCAAGUUUGCCAUAACCUCGCAAACCUGAUUCUCAAGGCUGUAGACAAACAUCCCAUCCUUUCGCUACAUCUUGGGCAGGAAAUGAAGUUGAGAAGAUACUGGCUAGACGUUGAUUUCCCGUUAGACCCGCCACCAGAGUACACCCAAUCAGGCAUUGAAAUCGGGUCCGAUUACAUAGCAUGGACUACUCAUCCAGUCGAUUCCAUGACCGUCCGCAAGCUACAACGAGCUUUGUGGCCUUCAAUCAUGACACUGUCUAGCAUAAGUUUUUUCAAAGUUGUAGUUGCUGAUUUUGUUGAUCAAAUCAGUGGCAUAUUUGGGUUCAAACCCAAACCUCCUCCUUCCCUCGAACAAAUACUAGCUAGACAUCGACAAUUUAUCAAAGGAACAAAAGUUCCACCCACCGAGGGACCACCAGCAGGGGCUCAACUGUUUCCCCUCGAAGACGACGUAUCCGAAGCAAAGACUAUAGGUUUCACGUCUUUAAAUGCUGGAAGCAAAGAUAAUGAAUCUGAUGUCAAAAUAGAUGAAGCUCUUGUAGAACUCCGACAGCAGUUUUCUGGACCACUUGUAGCCUUCAAAAGAACGUUUUCGAGAUUUUGGAAACGACCAAUUUGUCAUCCACCAAGAGGGUGCAUAACAGUCUCUGGCCUGGUAGAAGUUGAUACAGCAAAGGCAUAUCUAGUACUUGAUGUAAUAGCAUAUUGGAAUCCCCAAUUAAGAUCAAUUGAUAUGGAGAGCUUAACUGUUGGCGUAAGAAGAAUCCAAUUAAAAAAACAAUCACCGAGAGGUGAUGACUAA